AUGGUUGGGCCAGACAGAAUUCAUGACAAGACAUUACCGAUGAGGGAACGGAUGGAGGCACUUGUUCGGUUGAAGCAAAAAGAGAUUACGCAAGCUAUAGAGGCAUUGGAUACCACUACUUUCCGGACCGAUUCGUGGUCAAGAGGAGAUAAUGCAGGAGGAGGAGAAUCGAUGGUUAUCCAAAAUGGUACUACAUUUGAAAAAGGAGGUGUCAACAUCUCGGUUGUGCAUGGUAAGUUACCGCCACUUGCAAUUGAGAAGAUGAGAGCAGAUCAUGCCAAUUUGAAGGGAAGCAGUAAAGACGGAAGCAUUGAUUUCUUUGCUUGUGGGUUAUCAUUGGUUAUUCACCCACGUAAUCCCCAUGCCCCAACGACUCAUUUGAACUAUAGGUAUUUUGAGACUACCGACCCUGAUACCAAGGAGGUUCAAACAUGGUGGUUCGGCGGUGGUGCGGAUUUGACGCCAUCGUAUUUAUACGAGGAAGAUGCCAAACUUUUCCAUAAAAAUCAUAAGGAUGCAUUGGACAAAUACGAUGUGUCAUUGUAUCCAGAAUUCAAAAAGUGGUGCGACGAGUACUUUUUGAUCAAACAUAGAGGAGAAACUCGUGGUGUGGGCGGUAUAUUCUUUGAUGAUUUCGACGCAAAGCCAGCCGACGAAAUCUUGCAAAUCGUUGAAAGUUGUUUUGAUGCUUUUAUUCCAUCCUAUUGUCCAAUUAUUGCAAAGAGGAAAGAUAUGCCAUUUACUCAAGAGCAAAAGGAUUGGCAGCAGAUUAGAAGAGGAAGAUAUGUUGAGUUUAACUUGAUCUUGGACAGAGGUACUCAGUUUGGAUUGCAAACUCCAGGAUCGAGAGUUGAGAGUAUAUUGAUGUCGUUGCCUGCUACAGCUAGCUGGGCAUACGAUCAUCAUCCAGAACCCGGUUCGGAUGAAGACAAGUUAUUGCAAAUAUUAAAGAAUCCAAUUGAAUGGGUUUAG